UUUUUCCCCUUUGGAAGGUAAAGGUUCCCUUCAGUUCUGGCUUUCAUCUGGAUUGUGACUCUUCAAUAAGAUGAUAGUACACUAUGUGUUAUAGAUGAGGAGAAUGUAUAAAGUCCUGAUAUCUGCUUCAUGUGCUGCUAAAUGAAUGCAACCAAUACUCACCUUUUCCUAUAUUGUCGAAUGGAAAACUAUAGUUGUACUGCACCUACUCGUGCUUUGGUGAAGCUGGGUUGGUGCCUAGGUUUGUCGUAGAUUUCUUACUAAUGAGGGUAUGGGGUUUUGGGAGUAGCAAGAAUGGUAGAGCUUUAUGGAAUUGCAUGGUUUUUGCAAUCCUGUGGACCCUUUAGUUCAAGAGGAAUGCUAGAACCAUCAAAGAUCGUUCAACCUCUCCUAGCUUGUUAUGGGAUAGAGUGGUGUUUUUGACAUCUUUUUAACCUUUUCAUUUGGUUUGUUUUGGGGCUGCUUUCUGUUUGACCUUCAAAUACAUUAAUUUUUUAAAUAAAAAACGGAGAAAAAUUUUAACAUAAAAUUGCAUUUAAAUCAGUGUCUUCAAUUUUGAAUGGGAAACCAUUCGCUUAUGUUUUAAUGUUAAAUCAAUGAAAAAGUAUUAUUACUUAUGACAUAAAUGAUAGGAAAAAUCUAAAUCUAAUGUUACGAACAACAUCAGCCAUAGAUAUCAAUAUAUCAUGUUAGUUGUGGGUAUUGUGGUUUUGAUAAGUUAAAGUACCCUCCUUUAGCUCAAUACAACCCACAAUAUGUAGAAUUCACCACCCAUAUCUAAAAGGUUGAGUAGAUCAUGCUGAUGUCUACUCAUAGCAUGAUAUGCUUCUUUUAAUAAGUGUUUUUGGCCAAAUCAAGUUAUUAACAGAAAUUAAUACUUCGAUAAUUUAAUGAUUCAACCAGUUCAUCAUAGUAAUUGCACGUAAUAAAAUAAAAAUAUGUUUUAUAAUGAUAAAUUAAUAAUAAAUUUUGUAGAGAAAGUGAAUACUUAAAAGCAAAGUAACUUUAAAUAAAACAAUUAGUAAUGACGGGCCCUUCGGGCAUCAUAUUUUCGCCAAGUUUGCCGUACCUCCAGCCCAUAUGUUACGUGACCAUAAUAUUUUGUUACGUUCCACCGCUCUUACGCCAGAAAUAAAAGGUUCCACACAAGCUCCCGUUCUGCGAUGUGGUGGCAGGAUCGCUAGGGGAUUGGCUCCGGGUGAGACAUGAUUGCAGUAUAGCAUUCUAUAUAAAUAAAAAUUACAAGUAAUGCAGAAUCUAAUUAAUAUAUGUCAAAAUAUUAUUUUGACUACAAAAAAUUAAUAGUCUCUUGUUGUUGAUUUUAGUUACCGCAAUUAUAUUAGGGCUUAUUAAUAUAUAAGUGACUAAAUACUAUACAAUAUAUUAAAGGGUAAUUAAAUGGAGAUGACUGUACUUAAAUAUGAACAAAUAUCUUGAUGAAACCUAUAAACAAAAAAUCAACGAUAUUUCUUAUAUAUAUAUAUUUGACAUUUCAGCUUUAUCUAUUUCACAUUUUAAUGUGCAGAAAUAAUAUAUGAAAUGUAAUUAUUUUGAUAGUAAUUAGGGUAAAAAUGAAAUUAAAUUUUAAUAAUAAAUUACAAAAAAUAAUAUGGUAACAUGGGAUUAAUGAGUUUAUAUCAAGAUAAUAUUCUUACUGAAAUAUUACUGAUCUUUAUUCUUCCUAAAAAAAAUAUUCUUACCAAAAAAAAUAUUUUCUUACUGUCAAUUUCAGUUAUUGUGACUACAUUAGACUUAUUAAUUUAUAAUUUACUAUUUUUAUAUUUAAAAAACAUAAAUGAUAUUUUUAAAGUAAAAAACAGAGGUUUUUUUUUUUUUUUUACGAAAGAAAAAUACUUAGUUUCUGUGCGCUCACAUAAUAUAUAAGCGACAUAUUGCAACAAUAAUACUUGGUCCAAAUGUUCAUUCAAUUUUAUUUUAUUUUUUUGGUGCAAGUGAAAAUUAAUUAAAAUAUGAUGUAGAAAUAUUAUAAAAAAGAUCAAAUAAUAAAUAAAAUGUAAUUAUUUUGAUAGUAAUUAGGGUAAAAAUGAAAUGGAAUUUUAAUAAUAAAUUACAAAAGAUAAUAUAGUAACAUGGGAUUACUUAGUUUAUAUCAACAUAAUAUCUUCUUUUUUUUAAAGUAAAAUACUUAGUUUCUGUGUAUUCACAUAAUAUAUAAGAGAUGUGUUGCAACAAUAAUAGUUGGACCAAAUGUUCAUUAAUUUUUUUUUUUGGUGCAAGUGAAAAUUAAUUAAAAUACGAUGUAGCAAAAUAAAUAGUUUGCAGUGAUGCCAUAAUUAAAUUAUGAAAACUAUUUUUCACAGUAAGUAAAACAAGGAUUGCAAAGGCUUUCCACAACAUCCAUAAAUCAAUAAUUUGUCUGAUGGCAAUUGAUAGAACCCAAUCAAGCCUAGCACAAUAAAUUAGUCAAUUUAGUUGUCACUACAUAAUAUGGAUAUCGUAGUGUAGGUUGUCAUGGUGGUACUUUCCUCAAAUCAUGGUUAGAGGCUACUCAGAUAUAAAGGUGAGAGAUUAAAGCAAAACUCUCUUGCUCUUAAGUUUUGGCAUAGCCAUCCUCUUUGGCUCCAGUGCUGCCAUCACUGUGCAUGGCCACUGACAUUGCCACUCUCUUGCUGUCAUGCUGUGGUAGUUGCUGUCACAUACACUGCAAUUUAGGCUGCCCUAGACCUAAUACUCGGUAGUUGUUCCUUUCAUUUUAUAUAUGUGAUUUUUAUUUAGAAAAUUUGUGAAGAUUUUAUUUUAGGGAAAGAAAAGAUAAUGAUUGGAGAAAAGAACAUGUGCCCAGAGAAAAGAAUGCAUAAUUGGAGAAAAAUAUGUUAUAAUAGCCAUGGUAACAUAUUUAAUUAAUCGAAAAAAAUUAUAAUUUUCAGAUUUUUAGGACAAAAAUUGGACUGUAUUAGUGUUUAACUGUAAUGGGAUUGUAAUUUAGUUAUUGCUUUUUUAAAAGAGUUAAAAAUUCAAGAAAAAAAGGAUUAUGAGAGCAGCUUUUUUUAUGCCUGAUGACAUGUAAAUCUAUUGGUGCAAAAUUAUAUAUAGAUGUUCGAUUAUUUAUUUACAAUAUGCAGAUAUGCUAUUAUUUGGGCAUUAAAGAACCAUCUUUUUUGGCUUCACCCAUUAGACUUAGCUUUACAAUCAUAUGGACUAUUAAGUGUUAGAAUCAUUGAGAUUUGGUUUUAUGUAUUGUAAUUUAUUAAUUUCUAGGUGUAGAGGGCUGAUUGACAACUUUCUUGCCUGAUUUACUUUCAUAUUCCUUGCUUAUCCUAUUAUUUUGCGAGUUUUGCUAUUUUCAUCUUUAGUAUUUUUUUUCACCUUCUGUUUGAUUGUGGAUAAAAUGAAGGAAAAGAAAAGAAUGUAAGUGGUUUUUCAUUCCCAAAGUGUUUUAUAGGUCAUGUUGUUUUUGGUUCCCAAAUAACAAAUACUUGCCUCAAUUAAACCAAACAGCAUAUUAAGAUCAGUUUCAUGGAGUUCUGUGCUCUCUUAGCUCCCAAAUUAUGAGAAUUGGAGUUUUCUUAUCCUUUUCUGCUUUGUCUGCAACCAAAUGGAAGGUGAAGCAUUAUAAUUCCCAACUAUUAUGGUCUUCUUGGUCAUAUGUGAUUAUCAAUGAUGAAAUAUUCCCAGUUUUCAGGCCAAGUCCCCUAAGAACCUCCCCCAUUUGGAUAAAACACUUAAGGAUCUUUGUUAUUCUGGAAGAUUGACGGAAGCAGUUGACAUGUUGUGCCGCACAGGAUCACAGGUGGAUCCACAGAGUUAUGCCCUUCUAUUGCAAGAAUGUAUCUUCAGGAAAGAAUUUAAGAAGGGGAGGAGAAUUCAUGUGCAAAUGAUUAUUGUUGGAUUUGUUCCUGAUGAAUAUUUGAAUGUCAAAUUGUUGAUAUUGUAUGCAAAAUCAGGGGAUCUAGAAACUGCCAAUAUCCUGUUCAAUAAACUGCUGAAUAAGAGCUUAAUCUCAUGGAAUGCAAUGAUCUCUGGGCAUGUACAAAACGGUUUUGAUGAAAUGGGUUUAAGUCUUUAUGAAAGGAUGAGACAGAGUGGUUUGACACCAGAUCAGUUCACUUUUGCCUCAGUAUUCCGAGCUUAUGCCUCAUUGGCAACUUUGGAGGAUGGCAAGCGAGCCCAUGGUGUCAUGAUAAAGAGCCAGAUAAGGGAAAAUGUUGUAGUUAAUAGUGCCCUCAUGGAUAUGUACUUCAAAUGCAGCAGCCUAAGUGAUGGGCAUCAGGUAUUUGAUAAAUCUUUGAAUAGAAACGUUAUCACAUGGACAGCUUUGAUUUCUGGAUAUGGCCAACAGGGAAGAUUUGAAGAGGUUUUGCAACUUUUUCACAAGAUGAGAAGGGAAGGUCUUAGACCAAACCAUGUUACUUUUCUUGCAGUUCUUUGUGCUUGUAGCUAUGGAGGUUUGGUUAAUGAAGGUUGGAUAUAUUUUUCAUCAAUGAUGAGAGAUUAUGGCAUUCAACCUAGAGGUAAACAUUAUGCAGCCAUGGUUGAUCUAUUAGGGCGUGCUGGGAAGUUAGAGGAGGCUUAUGAGCUUCUUCAGAAUUCACCAUGCAGGGAACAUGCAGUGAUGUGGGGUGCUUUGCUUGGGGCUUGUAGGAUACAUGGGAACCUAGAUCUGUUGAAGCUUGCAGCGAAGAAAUAUUUUCUUUUAGAACAUGAAAAUCCUGAUAAGUAUAUUUUCUUGUCUAAUGCAUUUGCAAGUUUUGGGUUGUGGGACACUGUUGCAGAUGUUAGAGGUACGAUGAAGGAAUUGGGGAUGAAAAAGGAACCUGCUUAUAGCAGGAUUGAGGUCCAAAGGGAGCUCCAUUUCUUCUUCAUGGGUGAUAAAUCUCACGAAGAAAGUGAGCAAAUAUGUCAAAUGAUCAAGCAAAUAACUUGCAUUCUGAAAGAUGCUGGCUAUGUUCCUGAUUUAAGCUGUGACUAGUUCAUAUUACAGGAUAGGUUCAUGUCCUCGACAUUUCUUUUCUUUUGUGGUUUAUUAUUUGGGAGAUAGAAAAGCCUUAUACCUUGAACUUCCUCCUAGCUGUUCUGUGGAAUUUGUCAGAAUCUGAAGUUCCCAUAUCAAUCACCUCAAAUAUGGUGGGGGUUGGGACUUGGGAUCAUCAACAGGAAAAUUUAUAAAAAAAAAAAAAGGCAUGUUCAAAGUUGGGUAAUAAUUAGCAGCGGUUUGAUGAUUAUCUUUGAGAAUAACAUGCGGAGAUGGUCAUGUGCAUUCCUUGAGGUGCUUUACACUGGAGCUCCUUGAAUUUCUGGUUGAAUGAUGGAAAGGGUGAAGUCUUGAUAAGCUGACUCCCUGUAGGCUUGAGAUAAGAAAGUAAAGUCCUGAACUUCGUAACCUCCUGCAGAGCCAAUAGGUGUUCCACAUGUCGUGGUAUCUAUUUCCAGCAUUUUACUGGGUACAACAGAUACUUGAGAAAAGAAAAUUCUCACUGUUUCCCUAGCUGGUUGGCCUCCUUAAAUAAUGCUCCAUUAGAGGCUGCUGCACAGGAUUCCCAGACUGCCAUAUUAUUUUUAAUCUUGCAAGCUCAUGUCCUUUGCGACCCUUAUUUUCUGUGUAUUUGAUGAAUCCUUACAAGCUUUUCAGUAGAUUGGGCAGUUUUUGUUGGUUGGGAAGUUUCUUGACUAGAAGAAUGCCAAGAAACAAGCCCCACAACCUAUAUAUUGUUUGAAUCCCUCAAAUCAAUGUCCUUAUGCAUCCAGAUGAGUAAAAAAACAAUUUUUUUAGGAUUUCCAUUUCAGAAGUUUGAAUGAAAGCGAGGUUGCUGAGUUUACUUGUUUAUUGGGUGUGUUGAAUUCAUUUUUUCCUACUACGAGAGGGGGAUGCAAGGCUUUGGAUUGGGGAAUCUUCAGGUUCUUUCUCUUCAAAGUCAAUUUUUACUCAUCUUACUAGCCCUUUCUGUUUGAGCAAAGCUCUUUGGAAAGCAAAAGUUCCUCUUAAGAUCCAGGUUUUCAUCCGGACUCUUGUUCUCAAAAGAUUAAUGCGAAUGAUUUGCAACAGGUAAGGUGCCCUCAUUAAGCUCUCAGUCUGGAUGUUUGUGUGACAUGCUGUGAGGCAAAUGAGACUAUGGUCAUCUGUUCCUUCAUUUGCCACAUGGCAAGGUAUUUGUGGAACGGUUUGUGGUGAGGAUUUGGUGGCUCUGCAGAAUGGUGAAGUUUUGGGGUUUUGGGAAGAGUAGAAGAUGGACUUUUUGGAACUGUGCACUGUUGUCAGUUGUGGAUACUUUGGCUUGAAAGGAAUGCUAGAAUUUUCAAGGACCAGAAGACUUCUCUGAUUUUCCUUUGGGAGAAAGUUAGGUAUUUUGCUUUUUUUUUGGGGGGUGGCCAUUCUUUUGAGGUUUUGGGGGUCUAUCACUGUCCGAUAUUCAAAUGGAUUGGAAGGUUUGUUGUCUUUUAUUGGAGGAUGUCUUAUCCUUUUUUACUUGUAAUUAUUUAUUUUUUUUUUUAUCUUAAAAGAAAAAACUAAAAAAGGUUAAUUUUUAUUUAGGGUAGCAACUAUUUUGAUGCAAGACCUAAGUCAUCACUCACAGGAGAUAAAUCUUAACACUCAAAA